AUGGGUGGUUGUCUGACAAAAAGCAAAGAAUCAAAACCACAGCAUAAUGGCUACAGAUCAGGAGCAACAACUACAGCUGCUGUGCAUCAACAAAGAUACCAAGAACCUGUGAGGCCCGCACCUGUUCAACCCCAAUUUCACCACAUCCCUGAAAAGCCAGGUGCUCAGACACCUUGGAAGCCGGUUGCCCCAGCACCAAGCCCCAAGCCUGCCCCCAGGGUUGAUACAAUUCUUGGUAAACCAUAUGAAGAUAUAAGGAUGCGCUAUACAAUUGGUAAGGAAUUGGGAAAAGGUCAGUUUGGUGUAACUUAUCUUUGCACUGAGAAUUCAACUGGAAAGCAAUAUGCUUGCAAGACAAUUUCUAAGAGGAAGCUAGUUACAAAGAAUGAUAAGGAGGAUAUGAAAAGGGAGAUACAGAUUAUGCAACACUUGAGUGGACAGCCUAAUAUUGUGGAGUUUAGAGGUGCUUAUGAGGAUAAGCAAUCUGUUCACCUUGUAAUGGAAUUGUGUGCUGGUGGUGAGUUGUUUGAUAGGAUUAUAGCUAAGGGACAUUAUAGUGAAAGGGCAGCUGCAUCUAUCUGCAGGGCAAUUGUUAAUGUUGUCCAUGCUUGUCAUUUUAUGGGUGUAAUGCAUAGGGACCUUAAGCCCGAGAAUUUCUUGUUGUCUAGCAAGGAUGCGAAUGCUCUUUUGAAGGCCACAGAUUUCGGGUUGUCGGUGUUCAUUGAAGAGGGAAAGGUGUAUCGGGAUAUAGUUGGGAGUGCUUACUAUGUUGCUCCUGAAGUAUUACGGCGUAGAUAUGGAAAGGAAAUUGAUGUUUGGAGCGCAGGAGUUAUGUUGUAUAUCUUACUCAGUGGUGUGCCUCCAUUUUGGGCAGAAACGGAGAAGGGGAUAUUUGAUGCUAUUUUGGAAGGAGAAAUUGACUUUGUAAGUGAACCAUGGCCUUCUAUUUCGGACAGUGCCAAGGACCUAGUCUGCAGGAUGUUAACACAGGACCCGAAAAAGAGGAUCACUUCUGCUCAAGUCCUAGAGCAUCCAUGGAUACGAGAAGGUGGAAGUGCAUCAGACAAGCCACUAGACAGUGCAGUGCUUUCUAGAAUGAAGCAAUUCAGAAGAAUGAACAAACUAAAGCAACUUGCCUUAAAGGUCAUUGCAGAAAAUCUUUCUACUGAAGAAAUCCAAGGUCUGAAGCAGAUGUUUGCAAACAUUGACACUGACAACAGUGGCACAAUCACCUAUGAUGAACUUAAGACUGGAUUAGCUCGACUUGGAUCAAAGCUCACGGAGGCUGAAGUUCAGCAGCUGAUGGAAGCUGCUGAUGUGGAUGGAAAUGGUAGUAUUGACUACAUUGAAUUUAUCACUGCUACAAUGCACAGACAUAGGCUAGAAAGAGACGAACAUCUGUAUAAAGCUUUUCAACAUUUUGACAAGGACAACAGCGGGUAUAUCACAAGAGAUGAGCUAGAGACAGCCAUGAAAGAAUAUGGAAUGGGUGACGAUGACACAAUCAAGGAAAUAAUAUCUGAAGUUGACACUGACAAUGAUGGUAAAAUCAAUUAUGAAGAGUUCCGUGACAUGAUGAGAAGUGGAACCCAACAAGGCCAACUCUUUUAGAAAUAGAUGACUGGACUUGCAGAAUCGGGGAAAAUUCCCCGAGAGUAGUGCACAAUGGCUUUAAGAGAUCUCUAGGCUCCUCGUUACAUAACUUUGUCUGGUUUGGUUUUUCAUUUUCGAUUGUAAUAUAUUGCAUAUAGUUAUAACUUUACAUUUUUUUGGUGAGUCUUGUGCCUGAUAUAUGACGGAUUUUGAGAAGAAAGAUUGUUUAAGCUAGAAGUUUGCUUAUCUUUUUCGAUGUCCUCAAUUCUGGUUCCCCCAGAGUGUAGAACUCACUCCUUGAGAUCACAGCAAUGUUGGUUAUCACUUCUUCGAAAUAAAUAUUUCAGUCUUGCCUAUGGCAAGGCAACAUCUUAGAAUCA